AUUUGUUUUGAUUGCAAAACUCAGUUGAAGCUAGUAUUUAGAAUAUUCAUUUAGUUGUCUUUCAUUUUUUUAGCAAACAUAAAUAUAUAAAAUGUUACUAAGGCACUCGUUCAACUUUUUUGAAGCUAGACUGAAAAAUUUUCUCACAGUUAAAAGUAAACAAGCUUGCAGUACUUCUCGUCAUAUCAGUUAUAUACAAGGUCAGGAACCGGAACCUAAAAUUCGUGAAUAUUUCUAUUAUAUAGAUCACGAAGGCAUGCUUUUUUUAGACGAUGCCAAAAUGAAGAACUUCACAUCUUGCUUUAAGGAAAAACAGUUUCUAAAAUUUUUCUUUAGUCGAGUUAAACUGAAUGAUACGAAACGUUAUAAUGAACAUUUUCCAUAUCUUUCACUAUGCGGGCGCGAACGAAAUUUUAUACGCUGUGAUGAUACUCCAAUUGUUUUUACACAUGUAAUAUCAGAUGAAAAGGGCAAUGACCGUUUGUCAUACGCUCAUGCAGCAGAUCAACUCUCUACAGAUUUUUUGCCACAUAAAAUUUAUAUGAAUCCACAAACUGGACGCGUUUAUCAUCCUGCUUGGCCAAAGGUGGGUGGCAUUGGUUUGAUUCGUUCGAAGUUGGCCAUAGAGUUGAGCCGUAAUUUCGAAUUUGUAAACGGUGAAUCGGAGUCGCCCACACAUUUCUCGUGGCGUGGCCAACGUUGGCAAUUGGAGAAUGAAUGGGUUAUACAUACACAACGUUUUGGUAUGUUUGAAGAGUAAUUAAAUGUCAAUGAGAUGAAGUUUAACAACAAGUUUUUUUUUAUAUAAAUCUUAAAUAUUUUUACUACAAUAAUGCAAUGUGUUAUUUUAUGAAGA